UUUCUGGAGCCAAACAGGAGGGAAGCCGCAGCAGCAGAUUCCCUGCAGAGCGCCGGAGUCUUGGAGGUUUAACCUGGGAGUUAGCACCGCUGGGAAACACUGUCGCCAUGGGGGACGUGGUUUCCUCUCACCUGGACGAGAGCAGGCGGGAGAUGAUUACAGCUCGGACCGGAGACGUGAUGAGGCAGUUUGGCGAUCUGUACGAGAAGCAGUACGCCGUCGCCCUCUUCAACGUCGUCCGCUUCGAGAUAGAAGGAGGCGGCGGCGCGCAGUCGCAGCUGCUGCACCGAAAGGACCCUCUGGCGGGUCACACCAUUUUCUCCGGGAGUUUGUUCCAGUACCUGGAGGAGAACCGGAAGUGGAGGAACCGUUUCGUCUUCAUCCCAAACAGCUACUCCGUCGACCUCUACGAGAGCAAAGCGGCCUACGACCGAACGCUGCAUCCCAAGGUUUCCAUUAACUGUGCCGGGUACAAGGCCCUGACCUCCAUGGAGGAGUACAUGGAGCUGCUCACCAGCAGCCUGCCAGAAAUCAAGGCCAAACCGAGUAACGCUCCCUUCAUCAAGUGUGCCACCCAGUUCCCACUGAUCCUGUGGCACCCGUACGCCCGCCACUACUUCUUCUGCGUGGUGACGGAGAAGGAGCAGCAGAAGUGGCACGCCGUGCUGCAGGACUGCGUCAGACACAGCAACAACGGUCUGUCAGAGGAAAACACGGUCCAGACUCCGGCCUUCACCGAUUCUGUGAGGCGCUACAGGCAGGUCAAAGGUCACUACGGCACCUGGGAGAUGAUGUGCGGGUCGCCGCCUCAGAUCCUAGCUAACCUGGUUCUGGAGACGCUCCAGCCUGAGCUCAGAAAUGCGAUUGGCCCUCGGCUCAAGGGGAAGCUGCAGGACAGACAGAGGAAGUGGAUGUUGAUCUCUGACGCCGUGUACCGGCAGGUUCUGACCCAGACAAGAGACCAGUACGCCGCCCUGGUGGACGCCUGUGAGGCCCAGAAGCCUUCGCUGGACGUCAGACUGCGUGGCGACAUGGACAUGCUCGUCACAACCAAAGAACAUGUCAUCGGCAAGAUCAGAGCCGUGGUGAUGCCGAAAGCCGAGCAGAUCCUGCGCAGCAGCAUCCAGCCGUACCUGAGCUCCAUCCUGGACGCCCUGAUGGAGCCCACCAGCCGCGGCUUCGCCGAGAUCAGGGACACUUUCUUCAAGGAGGUGGUGGAGAUCAGCAAGAACUCGCUCAACGGCAGCGGCAAAGACAACCUGGGAGAGCAACUGGAGCGCCUGUCCAUGCUGGCCUUCCACCCGGUGAAGAUGCAGAGCGGCUACCAGCAGAUGCAGCAGCUGAACCUGGAGGGGCUGCAGCAGAGGUUCGACGUCUCCAGCCCCAACGUGUUUGUCAGCAGAGCCCAGAUCCUCAUGAGGGAGCAAAUGGACAACGCGGUGUUCACGUUUGAGCAGCUGCUCCACCAGGCGCUGGAGGCGCAGGGCGAGGACGACCUCUGUAAAACCAUCCAGAAGUGUCAGGACAGAGUUAUCAAGAAAUACGACUACGACAGCAGCACGGUGCGGAAGAAGUUCUUCAGAGAGGCUCUGCUGCAGAUCAUCAUCCCCUACAUGCUGCAGCAGCUCGCCCCGACCUGCACACCAGAGCUGCCUCGCUUCCAGGAGCUGAUCUUUGAGGACUUGUCCCGCUUCCUGCUGGUGGAGAACAUGUACGAGGAGGUCGUCCUGCAGUCCGUCUCCAAGGACAUCAUGAUGGCGGUGAAGGAGGCGGCGGUGCAGCGAAGACACAACCUGUACAGAGACAGCAUCGUUCUGACCAACAGCGACCCCAACCUGCACCUUCUGGAAGAAACACCGCAGGUGGACUGGGAUGCCAAGUUCGGAUCCGACGGUUCAGACGGCGGCAAAGAAAAGGGAUUCAGAGGCAGACGUAAGCAGGUGGUCUCCAUGAUCCAGAUGGAGGGGCUGCCCAUCUCUUACGAGUCCUGCCUCGAGGUCCCAGGGGUGGAACUCAUUCCCGAGGAGGACGGGGACGUUGCGGAGGACGACAUGGGGGAAAUCGAGGAGAACCCGGGUCCGUCCGAGGACCCGAAGUCUCCCGACAGCGUGAACCAAAUCAGAGACCUGAUCAACCCGGUGGUGGAGGUGGUUCUGCCGGGUCCAAAGGAGGACACCACCACCGGGACGGAGACCACCAACGGCACCAUCACCUUGGAGGACGGAGUGCAGGAGGAAGUGACCCACGUCACCACCAUCGUGAGCGACAGCAUCAGCAAGUCCAAGUCCAUCAUGGAGGAGCUGGUAGGCAGCAGGAAGCAGAAGGAGCUGCAGGAUGAAGCGGCCAUCCAGAGAGCCAUCGAGCAGAUGGAGAUGGCGGUGCAGGAAGAGGACAGCGAACAGGCGAGCGAACAGGAAGCGAGCGAACAGGAAGCGAGCGAACACACGACAGAAGCCUCCGACUCGGAGUCUCAGCCGCUAGCGAAGGACUGCGGCUCACGUAACGACGACAGCGGCUUCCAGUCCCCGACCAACGAGGCUGAGACCGAAACGAUCACCAAUGGUCCGGACCAAACUGCCGACCCAGUGGACGUGGAACUGCUGCUAGCAUAGAAAACUGUAAAAACCCAAAACACGAUGAGAAUAUAAAUUUAUUUAUUAAUGUGUUUGUCAGACAUUUAAACAAAGAAGAAAUCUUUGUUAAAUGAUUAGAAGUAACGUAAUGUUAGAUGUAAAGAACGCUAAAUUCAUCCCUGAGUGAAGUUUGGCUCCUCCCACUUGCUACAACUCUAACAAAAUUGGUAUCAAUUAACCAGAUUGUGCAUCAAAAAUAUUUAUUUGUGCUACUUUUGAAGAUAUUAUUGGAAGUUUAAAGGUCAAUCAGGCCACUCCACGUUACCCAAGACUAACUUUUUUAUCAACAUUUAAAAUGACACAAACUCACCAAUUUUGUCAACUUCACUCAAGUUAAAUUCAUCAUCUGCAAACAUUUUACCGCCUUGUUUUAAUCAGCUUGCUUCAUUUGACUGUAAAUAUGUGUAUCUGACCAGCAGGGGGCGCUACAGCCACAGCUGAGAACCUCCUGUAUUUCCUUUAUAUUUCAAAACAAUUAUUGAUCUUCUAAGGUAAUCAGCAAUAUCUGUUUUAAAUACAUGAACGUGUUUAUAGUCAGUACAUUGAGUUAAAUAUGUUUUGUUUUUAUUUAAUGUUUUUGUUUAAUAUUUUUAUAAUCUCAUAGGGGUUGUUAAGCUGUCAUGGUGUUGUAAAGCUGAUUUCAUUCACUCAUUAACGGGAUCAUAGUGGUGAUUAACUGUAAGCUACCCUAUCAGUUAUUUAAAUAAAGGUUUGUAGUUUUGUAUA